AUGGAGGCAUUGCAUCGAAAUGGCUUUGUAGAAGUCAACGGCUAACAAAACCCCAAUGAUCCAUCUUUCCUUUAAUAGCAAGAACUUCAGAAAAUGGCAAAUCAAUCUUUAGGCAAUGACCUCUGGAUCCUCGCUUCUUAAAAGAUCUAGGAACAGAUGAGUAUACUCCUGAUACUUUAUCAAUUAUUGUGUUUAGGUAUUUCUCAGGAGAAAACAGUUGUGUUCGUAGGUGAAAAACAAUCAGGCAAGAGUUCUUUAAUUGCAAAAUUUCUUGAUGACCCAGUAAAAGAUGACAUGAAGGAAACUACAGCACUGGAUUUCCGUUAUGGAACUAGAACAAAAGACGAUAAAAAACAAAAGGUUAACAUCUAUGAAUUAGGGGGAGGUAGAACCUUAUCAGCACUAUUGGCAGCACCACUAACUGCUUUCAGUAUAUCUAGCACUGCAGUUUGUAUUGUUUUAGAUUUAUCUGCCCCAGGAGGUGCAAUUGAUUCACUUUAAUAUUGGAUAACUGUUGUCAGAGAACACUCUUAAAAAGCAUUAGAGGAGUUAUAAAAGAAUGUGCCAAGAGUAUUUGAUUAGAUGCAAUAAAGAGCUUCUGAGAAAUAUGAAAAGCACGAUGAUAGAAAUAAGAUCAAUAUUACUUUGGUACCUAUUAUAGUGCUCUGCUCAAAGUUCGAUAUAUUCGCUAAUCAAUAUGAGUCUGUUAAGAAAAAGCAGCUUUGUUUAGCAUUGAGGUAUAUAUGCCAUUAAAAUGGAUGUGACUUGGUAUUUGCAAGUGUUAAAGAGAAAAUACCCACUUAGUUAUACAAGGCUAUGAUUGCAAGACAUGUUUUUGACAAUAACCUGCAGACUAAAGUGGAUAAAGAUCAUAAUUAAGCUCUCAAUAUAUACGCUGGAACUGAUAACUUCUCAAACAUAGGGGAACCCGAAGGUGCAGGUAUGAGGGGCAAAACAAGCUUUGAAAAAUUAUGGCAAGACAUAAUAGAGCUAUAGUUUCCAAAAGCAAAUCAAAACUAGCAAGGAGUCCAACUUGGUGACAUGAAAAAAUACUCAGAAGAAAAAGUUGAUGCAAUGAGGCAAUAAAAAGAUGAGGAGCUUGAAUAAUACAAAAAGGAAAUUGAAAGAGCAAAGAGAUUUGAAAGUCAAAAGCUUAAUGCAGCAGGAGGACCAGGCACAGAAGGCAAACUAGUAGUAAAGAAAAAGGCAGUCGUUGCUGGAGGAGCUGUAAAGAGAAGCGUCCCUCCGAAUAGAUGA